AUCCUUUCUUUCAAGACUUUGCUCAAAGUAUCCAGCAACCAUGGGUGAUGCUGAAAUGGCAGUCUUUGGUGAGGCUGCCCAGUUCCUCCGCAAGAGUGAUAAAGAGAGACUGGAAGCCCAAACCAAGCCUUUCGAUGCUAAGAAUUCCUGCUAUGUAGAUGACCCAAAGGAGCUCUAUGUCAAAGCUAUGAUCACCUCUCGCGAAGAGGGUCAAGUCACUGUCAAGACUGAAGAUGCAAGGACUGUAACUGUGAAAGACGAUCAAGUUUACCCUCAAAACCCGCCAAAGUUUGACAAAAUUGAAGACAUGGCCAUGAUGACUCACCUGAAUGAGGCAUCUGUGCUGUAUAACCUCAAAGAGCGUUAUGCAGCCUGGAUGAUCUACACCUACUCUGGGCUUUUCUGCGUUACUGUCAACCCCUACAAGUGGCUGCCAGUGUACGACCCUAUUGUUGUUGCCGGCUAUAGAGGCAAGAAGCGCGUGGAAGCUCCACCACACAUCUUCUCCAUCUCUGAUAAUGCCUAUCAGUUUAUGUUAACUGAUCGUGAAAAUCAGUCUGUCUUGAUUACUGGAGAAUCUGGUGCUGGAAAGACUGUAAACACGAAGCGUGUCAUCCAAUAUUUUGCAACAAUUGCAGCUAUUGGUGAUGCUGGGAAGAAGAAGGAAGAUGAGAGCAGUGGCAUGAAGGGUAGUCUUGAGGAUCAAAUCAUACAAGCUAACCCUCUGCUAGAAGCCUUCGGAAAUGCCAAGACCUUGAGAAAUGAUAAUUCCUCUCGUUUUGGUAAAUUCAUAAGAAUUCACUUUGGGACCACUGGAAAACUGGCUUCGGCUGAUAUUGAAACAUAUCUGCUCGAAAAGUCAAGAAUAACCUUCCAGCUUUCCGCUGAAAGAAGCUACCACAUCUUCUACCAGAUCUUGACAAACAAGAAACCGGAGAUUGUUGAGAUGCUUCUUCUCACCACUAACCCCUAUGACUACCACUCGAUCAGCCAGGGUGAAAUUACUGUGAAGACUAUUAAUGAUGAAGAUGAAUUACUUGCCACUGAUACUGCUAUUGACAUUCUUGGGUUUAACGCAGAUGAAAAGGUUAGUAUCUACAAAAUGACUGGUGCCGUCAUGCACCAUGGAAAUUUGAAGUUCAAGCAGAAGCAGAGGGAAGAACAAGCUGAGCCAGAUGGCACUGAGGUUGCUGACAAAAUUGGUUAUUUGAUGGGUCUCAACUCUGCUGAUUUGCUAAAGGCUUUGUGCUAUCCAAGGGUGAAGGUUGGAAAUGAAUAUGUCACCAAGGGACAGACUGUACCACAGGUGUAUAACUCCGUUGGUGCCCUCAGCAAGUCUGUGUUUGAAAAACUCUUCUUGUGGAUGGUCACUCGUAUCAACCAACAGCUGGACACCAAGAAAUCUAGACAAUUCUUCAUUGGUGUGCUGGAUAUUGCUGGAUUUGAAAUCUUUGAUUUCAACAGCUUGGAACAACUUUGCAUUAACUUCACCAAUGAGAAGCUGCAGCAGUUCUUCAACCACCACAUGUUUGUCCUGGAACAGGAAGAAUACAAGAAGGAAGGUAUUGACUGGGAGUUCAUUGACUUUGGUAUGGACUUGGCUGCUUGCAUUGAGCUCAUUGAGAAGCCCAUGGGCAUUUUCUCUAUCCUUGAAGAGGAGUGCAUGUUCCCCAAGUCCAGUGAAACGUCCUUGAAGAACAAGCUUUAUGAACAGCAUCUUGGCAAGUGCAAGAACUUUGAGAAGCCCAAACCUGGCAAAGGAAAGGCCGAAGCUCACUUCUCUCUGGUGCAUUAUGCUGGUACUGUAGAUUACAACAUCAGUGGCUGGCUCGAUAAGAAUAAGGAUCCACUGAAUGAAUCUGUCAUCCAACUCUACCAGAAGUCUUCUGUCAAACUGCUGGUCCUCUUGUAUUCCAACUAUGAUGCUCCGGAUGCUGAUGCUGGCAGUAGUGGCAAGGGUGGAAAGAAGAAGAAGGGAUCCUCGUUCCAGACUGUGUCUGCUUUGUUUAGGGAAAACUUAAACAAGCUGAUGACCAAUCUGAGAAGCACUCAUCCCCACUUUGUGCGCUGUCUGAUCCCCAAUGAGACCAAAACUCCAGGUGUCAUGGACAAUCAUUUGAUCAUGCAUCAGCUAAGAUGUAAUGGUGUUCUAGAAGGCAUCAGAAUUUGCAGAAAAGGAUUUCCAAGCAGAAUCCUCUAUGCUGACUUUAAGCAGCGUUACAAGAUAUUGAAUGCAAGUGCAAUUCCUGAAGGGCAGUUUAUUGACAGUAAGAAGGGAUGUGAGAAACUCUUGGGUUCAAUUGAUAUAGACCACACUCAGUACAAGUUUGGACACACCAAGGUAUUCUUUAAAGCUGGUCUCCUGGGUACUCUGGAAGAGAUGAGAGAUGAUAAAUUGGCAAAACUGAUCACUUGUACUCAGGCACUUUGCAGGGGUUUGUUAAUGAGACUUGAGUUAAAGAAGAUGUUGGAAAGAAGGGAGGCCAUAUAUGUAAUUCAAUACAAUCUUCGAUCCUUCAUGAAUGUCAAACACUGGCCAUGGAUGAAACUGUACUUCAAGAUCAAGCCCCUUCUGCAGAGUGCCGAGUCAGAGAAAGAAAUAGCAAACAUGAAAGAGGAGUUUGAGAAAACAAAAGAGGCUCUUGCAAAGUUAGAAAAGAAGUGUAAAGAGCAAGAGGAGAAAUUGGUUGUCCUUGUGACAGAAAAAAAUGAUCUGCUUCUCCAAGCCCAGACGGAAUCUGAGACUUUGGCUGAUGCUGAGGACAGAUGUGAUGGUCUCAUAAAAAGUAAGAUUCAACUGGAAUCGAAGAUAAAGGAGCUAAGUGAGAGACUUGAAGAUGAGGAAGAAAGUAACGCUGAGCUGACUGCUAGAAAGAGAAAAUUGGAGGAUGAAUGCUCUGAGUUGAAGAAAGACAUUGAUGACUUGGAACUUACUUUGGCUAAAGUAGAAAAGGAAAAACAUGCAACAGAAAACAAGGUUAAAAACUUAAGUGAAGAAAUGGCUACCCUAGAAGAAAAUUUAUCUAAAAUCACUAAGGAAAAGAAGGCUCUUCAAGAGGCUCACCAACAAACUCUUGAUGAUCUUCAGGCUGAGGAGGACAAAGUCAGCUCUUUAACCAAAGCCAAGACAAAGUUGGAGCAGCAAGUAGAUGAUCUAGAAGCUUCCAUGGAACAAGAAAAGAAACUUCGCUUUGAUCUUGAAAGAAUGAAAAGGAAGCUGGAAGGUGACUGUAAGCUGUCGCAAGAAACAAUCAUGGAUCUUGAAAAUGAUAAGCAACAAAAUGAAGAAAAAUUGAAAAAAAAAGACCAUGAAAUUGCCCAUUUCCAAGAAAAGAUUGAGGCCGAGCAGGCCCUGGGAUUACAACUGCAAAAGAAGAUCAAGGAACUACAGACUCAUACUGAAGAACUUGAAGAAGAAAUUGAAUCAGAAAGGGCAGCUCGUGCCAAAGUUGAGAAGCAAAGAGGCGACCUAUCUAGAGAACUAGAGGAAAUAAGUCAAAGACUUGAAGAGGCUGGGGGUGCAACAUUUGCCCAGGUUGAGCUAAAUAAGAAGAGGGAAGCUGAGUGCCAGAAAUUGAGACAUGAUCUGCAAGAAAUCACCCUUCAGCAUGAAGCUACAAAUGCCUUUCUACGUAAAAAACAUGCUGAUAGCAUAACUGAGCUUGGAGAACAGAUUGAUAACCUGCAGCGUAUCAAACAGAAACUGGAGAAGGAAAAGAGUGAACUGAAAAUGGAAAUUGAUGAUCUUUCCGGAAACCUAGAGAACAUCUCUAAAGCUAAGGCUAACCUAGAAAAAAUAAACCAUGUUGUAGAUGAUCAGCUCAGUGAUAUGAAGGCAAAGAAUGAGGAACAUAUGCACUUGAUCAAUGACCUCACCGUUUUAAGAUCUCGUCUUCAGUCUGACAAUAGUGAGCUGUCUCGUCAGCUUGAGGAAAAGGAAUCUCUUAUUUCUCAGCUAUCCAGGGUAAAGCAGGGAUUCACCCAACAGGUGGAAGAACUCAGAAGACAAGUUGAGGAAGAGUCAAAAGCUAAAAUAGCCCUGGCCCAUGCUCUUCAGUCUGCCCGCCAUGACAAUGACUUGCUCCGUGAGCAAUACGAGGAAGAGCAGGAAGCUAAGGCAGAAAUCCGUUUUGCUUUGUCCAAAGCUAAUGGUGAAGUUGCACAAUGGAGAACUAAAUAUGAAACCGAUGCCAUUCAGCGCACAGAGGAGCUGGAAGAGGCCAAAAAGAAGUUGGCUCAGCGCUUGCAAGAAGCUGAAGAACAGGUAGAAGCUGUAAAUUCUAAAUGUUCCUCAUUGGAGAAGAACAAACAAAGGCUGCAAACUGAGUUGGAGGACCUAACAGUGGACAUGGAGAGAGCAAACAGUGCAGCAGCUGCUCUUGACAAAAAACAGAGAAACUUUGAUAAGGUUCUCCUGGAAUGGAAACAGAAGUAUGAAGAGGCCCAGGUUGAACUGGAGGCUGCUCAAAAAGAGGCUCGUACCUUGAGUACUGAGACCUUUAAGUUGAGAAAUGCUUAUGAAGAAGCCCUGGAACAAACCGAGACCUUGAAACGAGAAAACAAAAACUUGCAACAGGAAAUCUCAGAUCUGACAGAAAACAUUGGCGAGAAUGGAAAAGUGAUCAAUGAACUAGAAAGAACUAGAAAGCAGAUGGAACAGGAAAGGAUGGAUUUACAGGCUGCUCUGGAAGAGGCUGAGGGUUCCCUGGAACAUGAAGAAUCUAAGAUCCUACGUGUCCAACUGGAGCUCAACCAGGUGAAAUCAGGAGUAGAGAGGAAGAUUGCAGAGAAGGAUGAGGAAAUUGAGACGCUAAAGAAGAACACUCAAAGAGUUAUGGACAACAUGCAGAGCACCCUGGAUUCUGAAAUCAGGAGUAGAAAUGAAGCUCUGAGGCUAAAGAAGAAAAUGGAAGGAGACCUCAAUGAAAUGGAGAUCCAGCUUAGCCAUGUCAACCGCCAGGCUGCAGAGGCACAAAAGCAACUAAGAAACGUUCAAGGGCAACUGAAGGAUAUUCAGCUGCAACUUGAUGACGCAUUGAGAGGACAAGAAGCAUUGAAAGAACAACUUGCUGUCACCGAACGUAGAAAUGGUCUGCAACAGACUGAAAUUGAGGAGGCCAGCGCUACUCUAGAACAGACGGAGAGAGCUCGCAAAAUUGCAGAGCAGGAACUUUUAGAUGCUAGAGAACGCCUUCAGCUUCUCCAUUCGCAAAACACCAGCCUGAUCAACAGCAAAAAGAAGCUUGAAAGUGACAUUAGUCAGCUCCAGAAUGAAAUUGAGGAAGCUUUUCAGGAAGCCAGACAUGCCGAAGAGAAAGCUAAGAAGGCCAUCACAGACGCUGCUCUAAUGGCAGAAGAGCUGAAGAAGGAACAGGAUACUAGUGCUCACUUGGAAAGAAUGAAGAAGAACCUUGAUCAGACAGUGAAGGACCUGCAGCACCGUCUGGAUGAAGCUGAACAGCUGGCACUGAAGGGAGGCAAGAAGCAGCUCCAGAAACUGGAAGCAAGGGUUCGUGAACUGGAAAAUGAGUUGGAUAAUGAACAAAAACAAGGUAUUGAGACUUCCAAAAGUGUUCGCAAAUAUGAGAAGAGAGUAAAGGAAUUGACCUACCAGGCUGAGGAGGAUAGGAAGAAUAAUAUGAGACUGCAAGACCUGGCCGACAAGUUGCAGUUGAAAGUUAAGGCCUACAAGAGGCAGGUUGAGGAAUCUGAAGAACAGGCAAAUGUCCACCUGAGUCGCUUUAGGAAGGUUCAACAUGAGCUUGAGGACGCAGAAGAAAGAGCUGACACUGCUGAGUCCCAAGUGAACAAGCUAAGGGCCAAAAGCCGUGAUGCUGUUGUUAAGAAAGAAAGUAAAGAAUGAACGCCUUUCUAAAAAAAAAAAAUGGACAUUUAACAAUAGUACUGUUCAUUCUCCCCUGUUACUCAUAAGAAAAUAAAAUAUUUAAAAUAUUUUGUGUUUUUUUCCCACCUUUAGUUGCAUUCUUUAUCAGUGCAUGUGAAUAUGAGGUUUAGGGGGCUUGUAUCAGGUUCAGGUAUGGUGUAAAUAUGAGGCUGUGGAGGUGUGAGCCAGACUGAUGCCUCAUUCACACCCCAUCAGACUAUCAUACAGCUUGUUUCAUUUGGUGUUUACCUGUACUGUACUUGUUUAGGUUGUCAUCUGUUAAAAGAAGUAACUAUUUGUUUUUGUUACGUUGCUGAUUAUGAAUGUAAAAAAGAAACAGAACAUACAGACAUGUGAUCACACCACGUUUUUGCAAUACAGUUCCUGUAUAAGGUUUUUGAUUAAAAAACGGAUUCCUCAAAACCUAACUAAACUGUAUCAAAACGUGUAUACAAAUUUUUAUCUGUAUACGGUUGAAAAACGUAAAAUGUUUGAAAAAUGAUGUCCGGUUGCAUCCGUUUUUUAAGAAAAAAAACGUAUACGUUUUUAGCUUUUCACUCCAUUAUGAAUAAAGUUUUACUUGUUUGAUUGAAAUACCUGGAAAAAAAACUGUGCAAAGUUAAAACCCGUAUGGUGAAAACCGGAUGGAACAGUUCUGUACGGUUCCCAUUGACUCCCAUGUUUAAAAAAAACAUAUACAGUUUAAUACAGUUUUUCACCCGGACCAAAAACCGUGGUAGGCCACAGUUUUCUGUCCAGAAAAAAAAAAGGAAAAACUGUAUGGUUUGAAAAACGGAGACAACCGUAUACAUUAUGGUGCAUACGGUUUUGAAUGGGAAGUCUAUGGUAACGGUUUUCUGUACGGUUGCAUACCUUUUUUUUUAUGAUACCGUAUGCCGAAACCGUAUAGUAAAAUCGUGGUGUGAACCCACCCUUAGACAAGCGUAAAAAGUCUUUGGGGGAGAUUUAUCCAAAUAUGUGCAGAGGAAAAGUUGACCAUUUGGCCAUAGCAACCAAUCAGAUUGCCUCAUUCAUGUUUCAGAGGCCUUUUCAAAAAUGAAGGAAGCGGU